UUCGCACCGCAUGCCAGAAGGCGGGUUAUAGCAUCUCGAGCCGACGUAAAAGACAUCUGAAGAGUUCAUUUGACGUAUAGGGAAAGACAAGUACAAUAGGAGAUUUUAUUUAUUUUUUAGUUGUUUCUAGUUUUCUUUUUCGUAUUUGUCUCUCUCUCUCUCUCCCUGCUCUUCAUUAUAUUUCCGCCGCGCUCUCUUUCGGUUUGGCAGGAGUUCGAAACGUAUUAUUCUUUUUCCUUAGGUGGUUUUGUCAAUGGCAAAUUCAGUGAAGAGAGUUUUGAUGACCUCGAACGGAGAUGAUGUAUCGCAGAAUAUUGCUCUCACUUUAGCCAAACGGGGAUGCAGGUUGGUUUUGAUGGGCAAUGAGAACUGUUUGAGAAUAGUUAGGGAUAAGAUCAUGGACUCAGAGAAAGAUGUAUGGCCAGUAGAGGUGGUUGGAGUGGAUAUGGAAGAGGAGAAGGAAGGAGUUUUUGAUGACGCUGUGGACAAGGCAUGUGGGAUUUUGGGCCAUUUGGAUGCUUUUGUCCAUGGUUACACAUAUGAAGGAAAGAUGAAGAAUCUUCUGCAAUUAGAUGGAGAUGAGUUCAAAAAGAUAACAAAAAUAAAUUUCAUGGCUGGGUGGUUUCUUUUAAAGGCUGUUGCGAAAAGAAUGAGGGAUCAUCAGACCGGAGGCUCCAUUAUAUUCUUGACUUCGAUAAUUGGUGCUGAGAGAGGGCUUUAUCCAGGAUUUGCUGCUUAUGGUUCAUGUUUGGCUGGACUUCAUCAGUUGGUCAGGACAUCGGCCAUUGACAUCGGAAAGUACAACAUCCGGGUUAAUGCCAUUUCCCGCGGGUUGCACCUGGAUGAUGAAUACCCAAAGAUGGUAGGGAAGGAGAGAGCAGAGAAGUUCGUGAAGGAUGCUGCACCACUUGAGAGAUGGCUUGAUGUUAACAACGAUCUCUCUUCUUCGAUUAUCUAUUUUAUCAGUGAUGAUUCUCGAUAUAUGACAGGUACAAUUGUUCUUGUUGAUGGUGGUCAGUCUUUGACAAGGCCUCGGAUGCGCUCCUAUAUGUAGUAAGUCAUUCGGGUAAAUCUGAUGAAAUUGAAUUAUCCACUUUUUUUCAAUAGAUCUUAUGAAAAACUAAAAAUGACUUGGUUGAAUCAUGUUGAGAUUUAUCCCAACUUGAUUACUUAAAACCCAGCAUCACAAUAAUGAAUUAAGUGUUUAGAUUCUUAUACAUUUCAGAAUAUUACUUCUGUGUGA